AACCGCUAUGUUUGGGGUCCUUGCCUCUGGUCAGUGAAUAAAGUUAAUAAAUCCUUAGGUCACCAAGCAAGACCUGUCUCGCUUGUCAUCAGCACUGAUCUGCGGUAGCUGGCUGGGACUCCAGUCCUCCGAGGAAUUGUCAGGUUACGUGUGCAGCGGAGUGUGUGCAGUGACAGGAAAUCAUAUAAACCCAGAGAGUAUGAGACUGCAGCAGAGGCAUUGGAGACUCCUCUGCCACUCUGGGGCUGUGAGCAGAAUCCUGUGCCACUCCUUCUCACGGGGAGCAAGAGCCCUUCACUGAAAUCCUCCCACCAUGCUGGGUCUGCUGCUGCUGCAGGUGUUGGCCAGCUGCCUCUGGCUGGGACACAGCGAGGUGGUGAACUCCUUUGCAAGCUGUCCUCAGUUCUUCUAUGCAGGGACAACCCCAAAUGAUGCCCUGAAUCCAAAGAACCCAGCCUGGAUCUGCCAGCGUUUCAGCAACUCGUAUCACUAUGCCACCCUGUACGACAGAGACAGGAGAAUUCCAGUGUACUCUGCUUACAAAUACGAACCUGGAGAUGCCAAGAGACCUCACUCAUGGUGGUUUGUUGAGCCCCAGCUGAUAGGUAAGAAUAAUCUUAAAGAGAUGGAAAGAGAGUCGGUCCUCAUAGAGCAACACAAGUUCACCAUAGACCAAAUCAAACAGAGCCAGGCUGUCCUCACUGACUACAACGUGACGGGUUUGGACCGUGGUCAUUUGAGCCCCAAUGGCCAUCAGUACAGUAGAGAGAGCAAGACAGCUACCUUCACCCUCACCAACAUAGUCCCCCAGGACAGCAGCCUCAACAAGGGCCAGUGGAACAUCUAUGAGUCUAAAAAGAUGCCCACCAAGACUAAGACCAGGGGCUGUACAACGACCUAUGUGAUCACGGGUGCUGUGCCUGGGAACACCUACAUCGCUGAAGGGAGGGUUAACAGACCCAGCCACAUCUGGUCAGCUGCCUGCUGUCUGGUGAAUGAAGAGCCCAAAGAUACUUGGGGGGCCAUUGCUGAGAACAAUAAGAACAAGGUGGAGGAGCUCAGCCUGGGGAAGCUGGAGGAGAGGUUGACCAAGCUCUAUGGUGGAACAGUUACUCUGUUCAACAAUGCCUGCCCCCGGAAAUAAGCUUCACAUCCUCAAUGGAAAAGGCUCAGUGCCUUUUCCUACAUGUCACAGGAUCACAGAAUCACAGAAUGGGUUGUUUUUGAUGGGACCUUAAAGCCUUAAUGAUCAACGCAUUCUGACCGGCCCACCAUGGGCAGGAACACAUUCGACUACUCCAGUAUGUUCCUUGCCCUCCCCAGCCAGGCCUUGAACCCUUCCAGGGAUGGGCCAGUCAAAACAUCUCUCAGUAACUUUUACUUGUACCACAGCAUGCUCACAGUAAUUUCCUUCUUUAUAAUAUCCCAUCCAACCCUGCCCUCCAUCAGUGUGAAACCAUUCCCUCUUGCCCUGUCACUCCAUACCCUUGUCCAGAGACCCUCUCCAGCCCUCUUGGAGAUCCUUGAGGUACUGCACUCUCAGCAGUCUUCUCCAGGCUGAACGUCCCCAGCUCUCUCCCCUCUCUCCAGAGCAGACAUGCUCCAGCCCUUGCAGCACCUUCAUGGCCUCCACUGGACUCCUCUCCAACAGCUUUGUAUCCUUCUUGUGCUGUGGGCCCCAGAGCUGGAGGCAGCACUGCAGGUGGGGUCUCAGCAGAGCAGAGUAGCGGGGCACAAAUGUCCUGUGCAGAGUCUGUGCUGCUUCCUUCUCUGCUGUGUUCCCAGCUCUGUCCCUCAGGGCACCUCCUCCUCUGCUCAAAGGCACAGAGACGUGGGCAGAGCCUCCAGCUGCUUUGCUUUGCUGCCCAUCUCAGGAGAGAGCUCUCAGGAACGAGUCCUCUCCUCCUUUGCUGUCCCCAAGAGUGGGCAGCUGACUUGUCCCUCAUCUCCUUAGCAAGGCUGUGGCACCAGGGCUCCUCAGGAUGCCCAGAGAUCCUGUCUGGAGAUCUCCAUGUCUGGAGAUACCCAAAUGCCAACAAUACUUGAUUCUGGACAACCUGCUGAUCCUGCUGGAGCCUGGAGUCUGGACUAGAAGGUCCUGAAAAAUUCGUCCAAAACACAACAAUUCAGUGAUUCUGUGAUCCUGGUAUAUUCCUUUGUUUGCUUGCUUUUGAAACUGCACCUUGAGAGCAUCAGCUGUUGUAUCAGACAGGCAGGCUUUGGCAUCAGAGACAUAGAAAGCUUUGAGCAGCCAAAGCUGAAUUCCUGUGAUACACUCCUUGGACACCUUCAUUCUCUGCUCUGCUUCUGAAGCUUUUCUGAAGAUUUAUGGGAAACUGAUUUGGGGAAAUGUAUUCAAUGGUUGUCAAAGACCAAUGUGUGCCACAUCAUGGAGUUUGCAAGAGCUCACAAUAAAAGUUAUUUGCAGCAGUGCUGGAUUGCAGGCUCACAUCUUCUAUAAAUCACAAGUUGCUUUCCACUGAAAUUUCUACAGCCACCAGUAAAGUCACAGAGCCCAGAGCACCCUUG